AUGGGAAUUUUAGGAAAUGGACAAAUUGUUGGACUUUCUGAUUCAGGAAUUGAUUGGGACAAUUGUUUAUUUAGAGAUGCAAACAAUCCCAUUGUGAAAACCAACAGUGUCAACAUGAAUCAUCGUAAAAUUGUUGGAUACGAUACAGUGUCUGCUUAUUCUGAAUCUGGUUUCAUAUCCUCGGAUGGUCAAGACGAAGUGGAUGGACAUGGAACUCACGUAGCUGGUUCUAUUUGUGGAAGAAUUCAAAAUUUGGCUUUCAAUUCCAAUGCCAAUCCAAUCAAUGAAUAUCACGGAAUAGCUCCAAAUUCAAGACUUUAUUUUGUGGAUUUAAAAAAAACUGGAAAUCCAUUUGUCAUGAUUCCUAAUUCAUAUCGAAAUGACAUUUUCAAACCUGCCUACAAUAAUUGCGUGUGGAAGAAUCCAAAGGACGGUUACAAAGAAGGUCAAAAUGUGUCAGACGAAACUUGCCAUGCAUUGUUUGGAAGCGACUCUUGUUGCUCUAUUUCUAAUCAAUAUAAUUCUCUCUGUCAAGAUGUGGAUCAAACCUUGUGGGAUUAUCAAGAUAGUGUCAUUCUUUUUUGCUGUGGAGGAAUAUCUUCGAAAGGAAAUACUGAAUCUCCUGCAACAGCAAAGAAUGUAAUCGCUGUGGGUGCAAGUUUGACCUCAAAUUCUGCAUUCGAGGAAUCUGUGUAUUAUGAAGAUUUUAAAAACAACAUUCAAAAUGCUAAAUUACCAUUCUCAACUCCUGACGAAUGUUGUGCCUAUACUGGAAAAAAUCAAGAAUUUGUUCGAGCUGUCUGCUGUCCAAGUGCAUGGAAGAACUUAUACACGAGCAAUCCAUCCACCUUCAAUGAGUUCAAUUUGGCCUUUUUCUCUUCCAAAGGUCCAGCAGUGGGUAAUAGUAUCAAACCUGAUGUGACAGGAAUUAGUUACAAUGUAGUGAGUGCUCAUUCCGAUGGAGACACGACCACUAAUCAAUGUGGAACCAUUUCACCAGCCCUUGGAAAUUCAGCUGCUUUAAUGACCUCUAUGGGAACCUCCAUGGCCACUCCAUUGAUUGCUGGAGCCGCUGCUUUAUUGAGAGAGUUUUUCCAAACCAAAAUGAACAUUUCGAACCCUUCAGGCCCCUUAUUAAAAGCUGCUCUUGUUCAUAGCUCCAUUCCCAUGAGUGGAAUUGUGGUCUCCAAAAAUUGGCAAAUCAAACUCUCAGAUUUAGGAAGUCCAAACUCUUACGAAGGUUUUGGAAGAGUUUAUUUGGGAAGUUUGUUACAAAAUCAAGAUGGUACUCCAUUGAACAUUCUCGUGAAGGAACAAUCCUUUAAAAGCAUUUCAAAUUCUCUCAAAUUAUGUUUCAAGAGAGUGAAUGGAAACAACGCAAUUCAAACUUCACCCAUCUUUAAGGCCACUCUUGCAUGGUAUGAUUAUCCAGGAAGUGUUGCGGUUGUGCCUCAACUUUUGAGUGAUUUGAACCUAUUCAUCAAUACCUAUGUGAUCAACACUAAUGUUUCAAAACUUUCAGUGAUUGCUGGAAAUUAUGGAAACCAAGUGGACACGACGAAUAAUGUGGAAAGAAUGGUGGAAGAAUUACCCCAUUCAUCCUUGAAAGAGAGUUCUGUGUAUGUGAGUGUGGCCGUCUAUGUGACUUCAAUCUUGAAAGCAAAUCGACAACCUUUUGCUCUCUUAAUCACCUAUCCGAAAGAAAUGUUUGAGGCAAUGGAUCCAACAAACCCUUCAUGUCUCUAUACCACUGAUUUUCAACCCCCUCCACCUCUUUCAGAUGAAGCUAUUGUUGGAAUUGUGAUUGGAGUAUUGUUGACAAUAGUGUUGGUUGUGGGUUUGACGGCAGUGAUGUAUUUGGUCGUUGUGAAACGAUGUCGAUCACAAAAAAGUGCUGCUGCUGUUGCUGUUGGUCAUGAUGUAAAUUCAGACUAUUCUAGUGGAAGAUAG